AUGAUUCGGGUGUCCAGAAAUGCAGCCUUGGAAGCAUUUGUCUCUGCCGCCAAGAAGCUGCCGCGGGAGGACGCGUGCGACGUGGUGGAAGGCUACAUCAAGAUUUCCGUGGAGUGUGCCGAGGUGUUCCAGCUCCUGAGUGGGGAGAAGCGGCCCGAGGGGGAGCUGCUGUUAAUAUUUCAAGCUUUUGAGGCCAUAUUGUUGCGGACAGCAAGCGAUCUUUCCCAUUUUCACAUGGUGGGAACCAACAUCGUGAAGAAGCUGCUGAAUAACCACAUGAAGCUCCUCUGCGAGUCCCUGUACGCCUCGGGGUACAGGGUGGCUCGAGCCUGCCUCACCCUGAUGGCCGCCAUGGUGACUCAGGGCCCCGAGGCCGCCAGGGACGUCUGCAGCCACUUCGAUUUGAAUAAAAAGACCUUGUACAGCCUGGCAACCAAGAGGGAUUCAAAGGGCGUGCACGACGUCCGGCUGGCCUACAUCCAGUUUGCGCUCUCCUUUCUGAUCGCCGGCGACGACAGCACCGUGGCGCAAGUGCUGGAGCUGAAAGAGUUUAUUCCGUGCAUUUUUGCCUCGGGAGUCAAGGAGGAUAGGAUUUCUACCGUCAAUAUUUUGUUAUCCACGCUGAAAACAAAGGUGGUUCACAAUAAAAAUAUCACAAAGACCCAGAAGGUGCGAUUCUUCACGGGGCAGCUGCUGACCCACAUAGCGUCUCUGUACAGCUGGAACGGGGUCGUGGACGUGGACCUGGGGAACGCCGAGCCCUCCCAGGCGCCUGCCGAGGACGCGGGGAAAACCAUGGUGCGGGAGCUCGUCCAUCGCUUCCUGCUGGACCUCUGCUGUUCGCUCAAGCACGGGAUUAACUUUUACGACCCGUCUCUGGGAACCUCCGGCAGAGGGGGGAACCUGACGCUGCUGCACUUCCUGUUGGGCUUGAAAACAGCCACUGAGGACGAGCUGGUGGCUGAGCUGGUGGUGAGCAUCCUCAGGGUGUGCCCCGACCUGCUGAACAAGUACUUCAGGGAGGUCACCUUCUCCUUCCUCCCGAGAGCCAAGUCCACGUGGUCAAACAACAUCAGGCUGCUGAACAAGAUCUAUGAGGCCCAGCCGGACAUUUCCCGGGCAUUCCAGACCAGAGAGUUCAUCCCCCUGCCCCGGCUCCUGGCGAUAGUGAUGGUGACCACUGUGCCCCUGGUGUGCAAUAAGAGCAUGUUCACCCAGGCGUUGAAUUUGGACAGCAAGUCAGUGAAGCACACGGCCCUGUCCCUUCUCUCCGUCAUCCUGAAGAGAGUGUUAAAAACCAUCGACUACUGCCUGAGCGGGGAGGUGUGGCAGGAGCCCGGCGUGUACACCGCCCCGAUGAUGGAGGACUUCGUGCGGCUCUUCAGAGAGGCCCUGAGCAAGAUCGUACCAGAUUUAAACACCGUCGUGUGGGUCUGGCAGUCACUUAAAAAGCAAGACACCAAACAGGAUGCCGAGGAGGGAAAGAAGAGGGGCAAUGGGACUCCUGCGGCCUGCGAGGCUCCCCUUUGCGACGAUGCAGAAACCAUCCUUCUGAAGGCCGUCCUGCUCCAGGUCAUCUGCCUGUACCAGAGGGUGGUCCCCCACGUGGUCACACAGUGCAGCUUCGACUUCAGCAAGCUCCUGAAAGGUGUCAUCUCGGAGCAGGGCCUUCGGGAGGAGGUGCCUCCCAUCCUGCAGCACCACAUCCUGCAGGUGGCCCUGGAGCUGCCCGCCUGCAAGUUCUCCUGGCUGAAGGGGCAGGAGGGCCCCGAGGUGGAGAUCAUCGGAGGGGAGCGGUCCGUGUUUUACCUGCUGAUGAAGAUGUUUGUGACCAGCACCCACUCCCAGCUUAAGUCGUCCACCAAGCUGCUCAUCAUGAAGAUCCUGCGGGACACGGGCGUGUUCGAGUACACGUGGAAGGAGCUGGAGCUGUGGCUGGAGCACCUGCAUGACCCUGGGGAAGACCGACAGGAGGCCGUCCUCCAGUUUCUGGAACGAGUCUUACUGACGUUGGUGGCCAGUCCCUAUUCGUACACAGACAAAGCAUCUGACUUUGUCCAGGAGGCCAGCGCACUGCAGGCCACCGCCACCAAGCGGGACGCGGACGACAUCAGCAUCCCGAUCUCCCACAUCGACGACGUGCUAGACAUGGUGGACGUGCUGGUGGAGGGCAGCGAAGGCCUCGAUGAGGAAAUCGGGUGCCCACUGAGCGAGGACAUGGUCCUGCCCACGUUCCCGUUCAGCCCCAUCGUCCCUGCGGCCCUGGAAGCCAGGAACAAGCUGCUCCUGGGGACAGAAAGCGAAGCAGGGGACAGCAUCUUGGCGUACCUGGUGGCCGUGCUCACAGACCUGUUGCACAGCCAGAGGGACCCACUGGCCCUGUGCCUCCUGCUUCAGUCCUAUGACAAGGUGGUCCUGCCUUGCUGCCAGCAGCUGUCCUGCUUCAGCAGCUACUACAGCCUCUGGAUCCCAGAGCCCGCCCGGGGGCCCGUGCCACCUCGGACCCCGGGCAGCCCUGCGCCCCAGGCCCCCUCCGCCUGCUCCUUUGGGGCCCUGCUGCAGGCGGCCUUCCGGCGCGAGGGUGCGCUGCUGGACGCGGGGGUCCUGCGCGCGGUGACGCACGUGCUGCUGUGCCUGCGGAGCACCGUGGAGCGCUUCGGCCAGCUGGGCAGAGGCACAGGGCCACCCCUCCUGCAGCUGUUCCUGGACCUCCUGCGGCACCUGGUCCUGCACUGCAAGCAGCUGGACGCCCAGAACCGGCAGAAAUACGCAGCCGUGCAGGCUGAGUCCGACCUCUUCCUGGACAUGGAGUCCGUGGCCUUGCUGGAGCUGGCCGACGACAAGACCCUGGAGGAGGUGCUGGUGGCCACCCUCCGACACCCCACGCUGGAGGGCUGGUACCUGGCCCUGGAGCAGCAGGCCCUUCCCCCGCACUCGCUUAGCCCCGUCCUCGUGAAGCUGCUGGCGGCCCAACUCAGUGCGGGGCUCCUGCCUCUGCUGAUGGUUAGCGCCCCCAUCCUUCAGAGCCUCGGCCAGCUGGGCCUCCUGGCCCGGUACUCGGACGCCAUCACCCAGAGUGUGUUGAAAGAGCUGCGGAAGAGAAAGGAGGGCCUGGCCACGUCGCCACCAAAGGCCUUCCCACAGCUGGAGGCCCUGCAGGGGCUGCACUUGUACAUGGAGGGCGCCCAGCUCCGAGAGGUCACCCUGGCCCUGCUGAGCCUGCCCGAGGUCCACCUGGUGGCCCAGCGCCCCACGACAUCCCCCGGGAAGGAGAGACGUUUGAGCACUCUCGGCAAGACCCUGGUCCAGCUGUUGACGAGCAGCCCCCAGGGUCCACUGCUGAGCAGCGAGCUCCUCUGGGCCUCUGAGUACGUGAAAGGCUUGGGGGCUCUGCUGCCCACAUUGGCGGUGGAUGAGCUGGACACCGUGUUCCUGCAGUCCCUGCAGAGAGAGCCGGAGCUGGCCCCCGUGGUCCGGGUCAGUCUGCUCGACUACUGCCUGGCCCGGCGCACACAGGCAGCCCUGGGCAUUGCCGCCCUGCUGGUGCAGCAGAGCUGGACCCACCUGCUGCGGCUGGAGCUGUGGUGCCGACAGCCGGGCGCGGGGCUCCGCCUGCAGGAGGGCCUCGAGGACUUCCUCCCCCUUGUGCACGUGUACCUCCAGCGCCGGACCCGGGGGCACUUCACCCGCCCAGCAGCAGUGCCCUCGGCUGUCCUCCUGAUCCUGAGGAAGGCCCUGUGGAGGCCGCUGCAGACGAGGCUCCUCAGUGCCGAUGGGCCCCCAGAGUCUGGGCUGCAUCCGGAAAUCCUGGCCCAGCUGGUCCCAUUUGCAAGAGCCAAGGACCUUGGUGUACUCAGGGACCGUUUGCCCAGCUUACUUCAGACUCCAGACAGUCCCAGGAGUUGGAUCCUGGCCGACUCUGUCUCAGCCGCCCUGGAGGGGUCGGCAGAAGAGCUGCACGUCUGGAAGGAGACGCUGCUGGAGUCCUGUAUGAAGUGGCUGGUUGGGUCCUUCAGUGGCCGUCAGCGAGACCAAGGCGAUGCCCAGAGUCAGGAGGAGCAGAUGCUGCUGAGGCUAAACCAGCUGUUGAGUUCACUUAAUGACGUGGAUCCUGGUGAUUGGCAGAAGUUUGUGAAGACUGGACUCAAGUUUCGGUAUCAGGACCCCGCGUUCUUGAAGGCGCUCGACGCGGCCGUGCAGCUCCUGUACCGUCUCGAGAGCCCCGUGCGCACCCGGCUCGUCCCGCUCCCGGUGGUCCACAUGAUGCUCACCCAGCACUCGCUGUUCCUGCCCACCCUGCUGACGUCCGAAGGGGAGGACGCCCCCUGUGGCCCAGUGAAAGAGGCGCUGGUGGACCUGAUGUCGGGGCUGGUGAGGAUGUGCCCCUCCGUCUGCGAGAGCAGCCACCUCGCCGUGCUCCUGGGGGCCUACGGGGCCUCGCUCAGCGUCCUGGACCAGAAGAUUUUGCUUCUCCUGCGGGCGUAUGAGCAGAGCAGCCUCAGCCUCGUCAGCUUCAGGGUGCUGCUGUGGGGCCCGGCCGCCGUGGAGCACCACAAGACGUGCCGGAGCCUGGGCAAGUCACUGUGGCAGCAGCCGAGUGCCGGGGACAUCCUCCGCCUGCUGGACCACGACCGGAUGAUGACCACCAUCCUCCGCUUCCCCCAGAACCGGAGGCUGCUGCCCCCCGAGGAGGCACAGGACCCGCUGUUCACAGACGGGAGCCCAGCGGACCUCGAUGGCCUGUAUGACCCCUGCUUCCUCCUUCACCUCUUCAGUGAGCUGACCAGGCCAGAAUUUGUGUUGGAUUGUCGAAAAUUUUUGGAUUCAAAUGCUCUGGGCCUGACCGUCACGGCCCUCAGCAGCUACGACCCCCCGAUGCGAGCCGCAGCCUACUCUGUCCUGGCGGCCUACUACUCGCACGUGGAGGGGGCCCGGUUCCGCGAGCAGCCCCAGGUGCUUUACCUGUUGGAUGUAGUCCGGAACGGGAUCCGGACUCCGAACAUGAGGCUCACCUUUACCUUGGCGCUCUUCAUUGCCAAAGCAGCCCUGCAGAUUCUGAAACCAGAGGAGCACAUGUACCUGAAGAUCAACAAGUUCCUGCUGUCCCACGAGCACCUGAACAUGAGCAAAGUGCCCGGCUUCUACCAGUUCUUCUACAGCUCGGACUUCCAGCAAAGCACCGAGCGGGAGUGGCUGUUCCAGCUCCUGCGGCAGGGGAUGCGGGACAAGCACUGCUACGAGCUGUACGCCAGGCGGGGCAUCUUCCACAUUGUCCUGUCCUUCUUCCACAGCCCACUGUGCGACCCCACAGCCCAGAAUUGGGUUCUAGAAAUUCUGCAGAACGCUGCCCAGGAUGCCAGGUCUGCCUACAAGCUCCUGCGGGACUACAGCCUCCUAACGUGGGUCCUGCACGUCCUCGAGAGCAGGUUCCUGGAGACACAGCUGCUGUCCAGCAUCACCUGCUUGUUGCACACACUGUGGGUGACCAGCCUGGGGGACAAAGGGGCAGAGUGGGGCGGCCAGCCACCACGCCCACCAGGGCCCCAGAAGCCCCCGAAGCUGCUGGCCCUGCACCUGGUCAACGAGUUCCUGUAUGUCCUUCUAGUGCUCGCCAAGCACCUGAGGCCCACCUUGGCCUCCGCCCCGCUGACCGACUUCUUCGGGGCGCUCGAGUCCGUGCUGAGGUACCGGGCCACCGUCCUGCAGGCCUUCAGGGACAUGGCCCGCUUCACCGUGAACGAGACGGUGCUGUCCACCAGGGACGCCCUUGUUCUCCUGCACAAGUGGAGCCUCAUCGAGAGAGACGCCGAGCUGCAGGAGGCCCUGCGAGCCGCUGCGGAGAAGCUUCACGUCAGGGAGCUGCUGAAAAUGCUCAAGGACAGGAACAAGCCCACUGUGCCAGCCCGAGGCCCUCGGGGCCGGAAGAGGAAGCCUGGGGAGGUGGAGGAGACAGCCAGCCCCGAGCUGCAGGCGUCCAGCUUGGAGACGUGCAGGGGCCUCCUGAGGUCCAUACUGACCCACUGGGGGCCGGUGUUCCCCGGCCCUGUGCCCGAUCAGGACCCUGAGGACCUAGCCACCCCGCAGAGUGAUGAGGCCAGCCCCAUGUAUGCCGUCGCCACCCUGGUGGUCAGCUGGGUGCUGCGGUCAGCAGCCCAGCACCCGCUGAGCAGGGCUGAGGCCUCAGGCCUCCUCCGCUGGCUUCAGAGCCACAUUGUGCCCCAGCCAGCAGUGGUGGCCGAGCUGCUGAGGGACAGCAGAGUGCGGAGUGGCCUCUUUCAGCUGUACAGCCGGCUCUGUGGCCAGGAAGGGCUGGGGGAGCCCGAGCCUGGUGUGCCCGCCCUGCUCAACAUGGUCAUGCUGCCGCUGGUGGUGGCCCUGUGCCCUGCGGGGACUCCUCUCCCCGCCGCCGUGGAGACCCUCCGCCUGUCUUCUCUGGACCAUGAGGAGGAAGCCACGCGAGCCUCCGCGGCCUUCCUGCUGUCCCUGUACAUCAAGGACGUCUGGCUGGGGGCCCAGCAGCCAGAUGCCCUCCUCACCCACGUCCAGAUGGUGUGUGAUGCUGUGGAGGAUGCUCCGGGUGGUGACCAGGAGGCCAUCGUUGGGCUCUGCAAGGACAUCGCUGCCCUGGCCCCAGACGUGUGACACCCUGCCGGCUGGCGCCUCCGUUUGAGCCACUUUCCAUAGAAGGUGUGCGAGGGACAAGUGUGUGGGCUCAGUUUCCUGGCAAGAAACGUUGACUUUAUUUAUUUGACCAAUAUACAGACUCAAGGGACUGUGACGUGGUCGGUGUUACGGUGGCCGUGGGUCCUUCAGGGCCAUGAGGCCCAUCCAGCAAUGAGUGGGGCCCACCCUUCCUCUCGGGGGGCCGUCCUUCAGAGGGAACACCUCACAGGAGGUAACACUGAGCUCAUGAGGGGUUCCUGUGUUAACGUUAAAGCUGAAACAUCCCCAGUAUGGCACAUAAAAGAGUCUGAACAGAAGUGUUUAAAGCCGUCUCUGUAAGAAGCAACAGCUCUGUGUAACUUUGUAGAUAUAUCCGCUCCUGCCAGUUUAAUUAUUUUAUUAAAUAAAAGGGUGUUGCAGCAGAUCUUUACAGGAUGAAAUCAAUUUGACCUCUGCUGAGAAGGCGGCCUGUAAUUUUUAAAUUGUGUUCCAAAGACAGGAUUUUGAAUUUUAUAACUUGAUAAUAAAUGUCUAUUUUGUUAA